AUGAAGCUCCUCAACUGCUCCAGUCUACAGAUCGAGGAGUUUUCCGGACUGGCCAUUCCCGAGUCUUAUGCCAUUCUCUCACACCGUUGGGAGGCCGACCAUGCCGAGGCCACAUACCAAGACUUUGGAAAACCUGAUGUGAUAGCGCGAAAGACAGGAUGGAAAAAGAUUCAGCAGUUUUGUCGCCUUGCACUACAGCAGGGAUACAAAUAUGCCUGGGUUGAUACCUGUUGCAUCAAUAAACAGGAUUUCACCGAGUUGACUGAAGCUAUUAAUUCCAUGUUUAAAUGGUACGCGCGAUCUCAAGUUUGCUACGCGUACCUAUCGGACGUGGGCGUCGACGGGGUUCCCCUUCAACACUCUCAGUGGUUCACUCGUGGAUGGACUUUGCAGGAGCUCAUUGCCCCCUCACGAGUAGAAUUCUUUGAUAAAGACUGGAACUACAUUGGUAGUCGAGCAGAUCUCUGCGACAUUAUUCAACAGCAGACCAGUAUUGACCAAAGCAUUCUGGCAGCCGGAAGCGGGAGAGUCGAAGGGCUUCUCGCGAGAAUACCUGUUGCGAGAAGAAUGUCUUGGGCAUCUGGGCGCACAACCAAGAGAGAAGAAGACUUGGCCUAUUGUCUCUUGGGAGUUUUCGGAGUCAAGAUGCCGCUUCUCUACGGAGAGGGUAAGAGAGCCUUCAUACGACUCCAGGAAGAGAUUAUCAAGGAAACCAACGACUUGUCCCUCUUUGCGUGGUCUGCUCCGACAGAAUCUCCAUUAGGCUAUUUCGGUAUUUUGGCCAUGUCGCCAGUGGCCUUUGAAACAGCGAGCGACAUUGUACUGAGCAGCGAGAUUAAGUACAACCCCGAGUACUCAAUCACAAACAAAGGCUUGAAAAUCACAGCCGAGACCAGCCUGAUGCCCGACGGCGCGCACUUCCUAAGUCUUCGAUGCCACAGAUGCAACGACCCAGACCGUCGGAGCCUCGGGAUCCUCCUCAAGGACCAAGGCGGUAACGUCUUCCUCCGCUGGAAAACCGGUCGUCUCUGGAGUCUCGAGCACAGCGCGCCGGGGAUCGAGCACAUGAUGUUUAUUAGCAAAUUCCUCGAGCCGGACGCGUCCGAGACGCUCGUCGAGGACAUGGACUCCAUCUACCGCAACGCCUUCUGCUUCCCCCCCACGCCGCCAAAGGUGGAGUUCGUCAAGGCCCGGCCCGACGGCAUGUGGAGCUCAUCCCGGCGCAUGUUCAUCACGCAAGGGCUGGAUGCCUUUGACGGGUACGUGCAGUACCGGACGUCGGGUGCAGCCGACCAGAACUUUAUUGUCGCGUGCGGCUUUACCGGGAGCGGUGCCCAUCCGUGGGUGUGUCUUGCGGCUGACAAUGGCGAGACGGGUCAUAUUUUCAGAACCGCCAUGAGCGGUGACUUUGUGAGGAUGCGCCAGCUCGGCAGUGAGCGCGGUGUGAUGAAGACCAGAAUCGCGUUCGGUUUGAGAAACCUCAAGACGAGGGCCUCGGACACCCUACAGCGGCGGGAGACCCUGCCCCAUCAAGGCGGAACGAAGCGGGUCUAG